UAAUAUUAACAGUUGCCUUCAGAAUUCAAGUAAUUAGUAAAUAUAGUUUCUUUUUUAAUUUAAUCUCAGCACAAACACAGCUGUCCUGUUUGCUGGAGAACAUUUAGAAACAGCCCUAUGAAAAACAAGCAACAAACCGGACAGGAGCUGAGGAAAAAAAAUUAAAGCAGUUUUAAGUUCUAAAACUGCUAAAAACUAAAAAUCGUAAUUUAAAUUUCUCCAGAAAGACUGUUCACCUGAACAGUAGAACCAAAAACAUACCAAAACCUAGUUAUCCAUCUGAACUGGAGCAGCCAAGAGAACCACAGAUGCUCUGGAGGAGCUACAGAGAUCCGCCGCUUAGGUGAGAAAAUCUGUUAACAGGACUAAUAUUUGGCGAGCACUCUACAAAUCUGGUCUGGACGCAAGAGGGGCAAUUGAAAGAAAACAAUAAACUGUGCUGUAGUGAGUGUUGGAUAUCUCUGAUAUUGUAAUUUCUUAAAAUGGCCUAGUGCAGGGGUCUGCCACCUUUACAAACCAAAGAGCCCUUUGUUCAUUCAAACCAGAUAAUUAAAGCUUAUUAGGAUUUUGAUGUUUAUAAAAACUGAUGCAAAUGAAGCACACUGCUUCCAACCUAAUGACAAAAAAAGAAUAGAUUUAAGAAAAUGUAGCUGGUAACCCUUGUAUUGUCAUUCUGUUGUGGAAAUUAAAAUAAAAUUUUCAAUUAAACAGCUGGAAAAACUGCCCUGUAUUUCUUCCUUUGUCUAGAUUUCAAAAUAUUAGCUAUUUCCUUAGCAAAUUUUUUUGUUGUUGUUUUAACAAAAGGUAUUUGGAGGUAUUGUGGAGAAGGUCCAAAGAGCCAGGUUGCAAAUCCCUGACCUAGUCAAAGUCUACAUAUAACUUAGAAUCUCUGAAAAAAUUUUAAAAGAAUAUUUUCACGUCCAUGUUUUUAUUUUUAAACUAGCUCGUUCAUUAGAGUUGAUAAAGAGGAAUGAGCAAAAAUGUCUUUCUAGAUGUGCACAUAUGGAAGACACAAGUUGCAGCUGUGACUGCAGAACAAAAAAAACCACAGAGACGUUUAUGAUCUAAAUAUUUUUUUCAAGUAACUAUUGGAGCUUCAGACUGCUGUUUUGAGUUUGGGGGAAAAUAUCGAGGCUUCAAAUUUCCAAGGACAACGACGUGUUGGGCAUAUUUUUUUUGUGACACGGCUUUAUUCGGAGAACGCAAGCGCUUCACCAGAGCGACAGUGGAGCCGCCCACGCGAGCCGCGCCUGGUACAACACAACAAGCGUCCCCUUUGACUGGUCACGUGACAGGGAGGAAAGGAACGAAAGAAAAAAGAAAGAAAGAAAGAACUACUAAGAAAAGAAACCGGAGAUUAUCAGCCUGGAGGAGGUAGGAGUCGCCUUUAUCCGCAGGUACUCGCACUGUUUUCACGAGCUGUAACUGGAACUGCUCCGAUGGACCCUCAGGAUGCGUUUUUUUGUCCCCACUAAGUGGGAUUUAAAUGCCACCUUCUUGCUAGUUGGCACAGGGAGUGAGGCUGGCUGUUUCACAGAAGGUUCAGCAAAAGUUUCUCUAGCUUUUGCUUGCGAUAAUGAAACUGUUGAGUAGUAAGAGAUAAGUUCGUGCAAAGUGCUGAUGCGUCAAAAGCUUGUGACCCACCAGCGGCUCCGCUGAGGGCUGAAUCAUCCCCCCAUCCUCCCCUCCCACAGACACGAUGGAUUAGCGCUCCGAGACGGAUGAUGGAGGUGGAGAACCGAUGAGCUGGGAAGUCCAGAUGUGAUGGGAGCACUGGGGCGGGUGUCAGCUGGACAUGAGACAAGAACGUGAAUAAAGACUCUACAGGGCGGAGAAGAUGAAGCUAAACGAACGCAGCGUGGCGCACUACGCCACCUGUGAUUCCCCACCAGACAAAACUGGCUUCCUGUUCAAAAAGGGUGAGCGCAACACGGCGUAUCACCGCCGCUGGUUCGUCCUGAAGGGCAACAUGCUCUUCUACUUUGAGGAGCGAGACAGCCGAGAGCCCAUCGGCGUCAUCGUCCUGGAGGGCUGCACCGUGGAGCUGUGCGAGUCCGUGGAGGAGUUCGCCUUCGCCGUCAAGUUCGACUGCGCCAAGGCGCGGGUGUACAAGCUGGCUGCGGAGAACCAGGCGGCCAUGGAGUCGUGGGUGAAGGCUCUGUCGAGGGCCAGCUUCGACUACAUGAGGCUGGUGGUGAAGGAGCUGGAGAGGCAGCUGGAGGAGAUCCAGGACGCCGCCGGAGCUGGAGGCCAGCAGGCCAGGCUGAAGCCUUCCCGGCGGAAUCACGUGGCGCGAUCCAGGUCCGGGGCAUCCUCCUCUUCGUCUUCAUCGUCUUCCCUCUCGUCAUCGUCAAGCGCUCCUUCCAUGGCCGCCGCUCAGAAGAGCCUUCAGGAUGAGGUGCAGCUCAUCCCCGGGAGUUCCAGGGAGAACGGAGUCGCAUGGAGCAAACCUCCAUCUGCCUCGGCUAACGGGUCGGCAGAGGCGGCGCCGUCCUCCGUGACCUGGGACGGGUGCACAGACUCCGGGAUGGUGUCUGGAUGUGCGGGCGACGGAGGGAGGGCUCCGCCAGUGCCCCCACGGCGGUUAGGAGCGUCUCUGGAGAGCCCGGUCUUUCCUGACAACGCCUGCUUUUCCAAACUCCACGACUGGUACGGCAGGGAGGUGGAGGAGCUGAGAGCGCAGUGGCUGCAGAGCCAGUAGACUGAUGGAGGAGGAAAAGGUUCAGUCAUUCCCUUCGGACCAUUCUGCAGUGCUUCCUGAACUUUCCACACAGCAAAACAUUAAAAACUGUCUGAUGUCACAAA